AUGUCGACCCUCCCGAGAACGAUCAGCAACCUGCGUAAGGUUGGAAUUAAGAACUACUUCCGCCAGCUUUUGUACAUUGGUGAUACCAAGUACGGUCGCUUCGUUGGCGAGGAUAAGGCCGGCAACAAGUUCUACGAGAACAACGACGAACUUCCCCUGCGCACGCGAUGGGUGGACUUUAAGAAGCACGACUAUGACUCUGCUCAGGUUGAGCCUGGCUGGCACGCGUGGCAGGCAUUCAUGGUCGACAAGCCCCCCACCGAGGAUGCCCUCCUCCAGACCAAGACGCGCAAGUGGGAGCGCACGGAGGUUCUUCCCAAUUUGACGGCUACCAGGGGAGCGUUCAAGACUUACAACACGACGAAGCCAAAGAUCUACAGCUGGGAGCCCAAGGCUGUUGAGAGGCAAUGA